ACAAGAAGACAAAACCACGCUGGGUCCUUGUGCCUUUUGCGGCUCAGAGAAAGCGCCUGUGCUUAAUCUGCCUCAGUUUCUCCUGUGACUUCGCCACAACUUCCUUCACCUUCUUCCUGAAAGGCUCAGCAGCCACCUGAGCAGCACAGGUCCCCUCUCUUUCUAUAGGGCUAAUCUUCAGCAUGCUGGCCAUCCACCAAGCCAUGUGGAAAUGAAUUGGCAUCAUGGAAUCCCAAAUUCAUGUCUGGUCUUCCUUUUGCUGCUAUCAUUUUCCACAUCAUCUGAGCCAAGUAAGGGUUGCAUCUUUGGGAGCGUUCCUAUCGAUACGAGUGACUUUCCAAGCAUAGUCAAGAAUCUGAAGAAAUUACUGCUCUUGGAUUAUCCAGUACCAGUGCCAGUCAACCUGAAACAGGACGAAUUUUGCAAGGAGUUAUGGCAUGUUCAUCUCAUCCACCGAAAUCUCAACCGCAUGAUCAACGUAUCUGGGAGUGAAUUGGAAAAAAGCAUCAGAAAGCUAAUGAUUCAUACAACAUUUGUUGAGAUGUGUGACAUUAAUGACAGUUGUGUUAAAUUCAUCACGACCAACAUCUCUGAGUUCCUUGAGCCCAUCCCCUCCUACCUCAGUGACCUGAGAAAAAAGAUGGAGGAAUUUGAAGCUCAUGACGUCCCUGCGAACUUCAGCAAUUGUACUGUUAUUCAUUGCCAGCCAGAGCUGUCUCCCCCUCCAGCCCUCCAAGUCACGGCAUCAAAGCAAACGCCGGAUCGCAACUCCCAACACGACACCCGCGGAAAAUCCUAUUGGGUGCUGCUUGUAAUUGCAGUUCUCAUGCUUGUUGUUUUCGUGAUUUGGAUGCUUCUGCAUAAAAGACCAUGGCAGAGAUCUCAGAGGUAUGAGGAGAGAGAACUUGAGCUUGUAGAGCUCCAAACAUGAACUGAUGCUGCUGUGAAUGUCAUCUUCAGAGGCAAAAAUCUGCCAGCAAUGUCACAAUCACAACCAGCAACAAAGUCUGAACCUGCAGAACACAAAGGCCUCCCUACACCAGAGUUGGGGGAAAGACUAAUACAGAGUAUAUUCUAGGGAUCCAAGGAUUUCUGUUCUACAUCCCGCCACUAGGAGACACUGUGCCUCCAUUUUUAUAUUGUAUAUCUCUAUGAGAAAUUUGUAAUAUAUAAAUGUACAUAUUAUAUAUAAAUAUAUAUAUAUUAUUUUGUAUAAAUAAAAAAGAAAUCUUUAGUAA